GGUGUGUUUGGGCUGGAGAGUUGCCGGUGGAGCGGACUCGGGAGCUCGCGCCGCUGCCGCCCGGCAGCGCGUGCUGCUGCCGCGGGGACAGCGCGAGGCGCCGCCGCUACGGGGGCCGGCACGGCGCGCUGCGCUGCCCUGCCCCGCCGCCUUCUGCCCGGCGUGCGCGGUCCGCGUCAGCUGCGGAGUGCGGGCGAGCUCGGCGUCUGCCGCUGCCGGCUGGGGUGCGAGGAUGGCCGCGUCGGGCGGGCCGGAGCGCGGCGCGCUGAGCUGAGCGAGCCGAGGGCGCCGCGGCCGCCCGCGAGGACCAUGCCGCCGGCCGCGACGGGAGAGGAGCCGGGCGCUGCCCGCCUGCGGCAGCCGACGAGGGCGGCCGUCCUGCCCGCGCCCAGCAGCGCCCGCGACGGGCGCCCACCCGCCGCCUGAGUCCUCGCCGCGCCGCGGGGCCCCGUGCGUCGCCAUGGACGAGCGGUUCAACAGGUGGCUGCUGCCGCCGCUGCUGACGCUGCUCUUCUUGCUCAUCGUCUAUCAGUACGUGUCGCCCGCCUGCCCGGGCGCCGCCUGCCCCCGCCGCCCGCCGGUCUCGGCCGCCGCCGCCCGCCGCGGGGGGGACCCGGCGGAGCGGGCGGCGGCGGAGGGCGCCGCGGAGGAGGCGGCGGCGCUGCCGCGACUGGUGCCCAAGUUCCCGUUCGCGCGGGGGGAGCUGUGCCGGCGGGUGCGGUUCGACAUGCGGGGCCGCGACGUGAUCGUCUUCCUGCACAUCCAGAAGACGGGCGGCACCACCUUCGGGCGGCACCUGGUGCGCAACAUCCGCCUGGAGCAGCCCUGCUACUGCCGCGCCGGGCAGAAGAAGUGCUCCUGCCACCGCCCGGGCGGCGACAAGGACACCUGGCUCUUCUCCCGCUUCUCCACCGGCUGGAGCUGCGGGCUGCACGCCGACUGGACCGAGCUCACCAGCUGCGUGCCCGCCGCCAUGGAGCGGCGCGGCUGCGCGGGCAACCGCACCCUCAGGAACUUCUAUUACAUUACAAUGCUGAGGGAUCCGGUGUCACGGUACUUGAGCGAGUGGAAACAUGUCCAGAGAGGUGCGACAUGGAAAACUUCCCUUCAUAUGUGCGAUGGAAGAAGCCCAACACCAGAUGAGCUUCCUACCUGUUACGAGGGAGAAGACUGGUCUGGAGUCGGUUUACAGGAAUUCAUGGAUUGUAGCUACAACUUAGCCAACAACCGCCAGGUGCGCAUGCUGGCAGACCUCAGCCUAGUGGGAUGUUACAACUUGACUUUUAUGAAUGAGAGUGAAAGAAACAUGAUCCUUCUCCAAAGCGCCAAGAACAAUCUGAAAAAUAUGGCCUUCUUUGGACUCACAGAAUUUCAGAGGAAAACACAGUAUCUCUUUGAGAGGACAUUCAACCUGAAAUUCAUUUCCCCAUUCACCCAGUUCAAUGUUACGCGGGCCUCCAAUGUGGACAUAGAUGAGGAUGUGCGGCAACGGAUAGAGGAGCUGAAUUUCUUGGACAUGCAGCUCUAUGAAUACGCAAAGGACCUCUUCUUGCAGCGCUUCCAGUACUCCAAGCAAGAGGAGCAUCAGAAGAACCGGCUAAAGAGGCGAGAGGAGCGGAGGCUGCUGCGGGAGCAGAGAGCUCACCAGUGGUCAAAGGAAGAGGCAGCAGCAGCACAAGUUGCUGUUACUGAAGAUUAUAAUAGUCAGGUCGCAAGAUGGUGACACUCCUCCCUCUUGACUAGACAAUGAGCAGAUCAAAGAGGCUGAUAUUUUGUGCAACUUGGCUACCUGGAAAUCAGCCAAGGAAGGCCUCCUGCUUUGGCAAAGGAGACAAAGUCUGACAACUACCCUUCUUUGUCUCAGUUUUUCUUUGUUUCUGUCAGUGAGGAGAAUAUUUUCUUUUCUCGAUAGACAUUAAUCAGUGUUAUUAAAUGGCAGUAGAAUAGAUUCCUAUCCAAACAGACUUCCUUCAAAACCCUAAGCUAUGAGAAUGGGUUGAAGAGAGAGCUAUUUCCUUUGCAUUAACAGAUGUACCCUAUACGGUCUGAGCUACCGAAACGUGUGCAGACAUGAAUCAAAACUGAAAAAAAACAAUCUUUUUUGGUUCUUCUGUGAUAGUUGGCUGCUGGCUUAUUUCCUACUGUCCUUUGCAACUGUAGUGGCAAAGGACAACUGUAGUGGCAUAGCUUUCCAGUGAAGGAAAUGGAGAAAAACAUAUUGCCCUUCAAACUUAUACAUGCUGUGUUUUGAUUAAGGAAAGAAUUCGUUGAGGUGAUUAAAAAAUGCCUAGGAAAUGUGUGGGAUUGGUAUGUUGCUUGUUCAGUUUUUUAGGACUGUAGUCAGGGACAGUUUGUAAGUGAAGAGAUGGGGGAUUUAGCUUAUUCCUCCACAGAUGUUAAGAGUACCAAACCUAGCCAGGUAGCAGCUGUCUCUCUGAGUGUGUGUGGCAAAGGGAAAGUCAGAGUGCAAAAACUGAGAAAUGAGGUCCACAGUGCAGCUGGGCACACGUUGCAGAGAUUAUCUGGCUGCAGGCAAUGAAAUCAGCUUUCAUUCACAAGAGGUGAAGAGGGGCCAAGCAAAGUAUGGGAAAGAGGAAACAGAGAUCAGGAAAAGCUUAAACAUUAGUGUGACAUUUUCCAGAUUUGCCAUAAAAGCCUGGAGAUACAGCAUCUGUGAAAGUAGGCAGGUUUAUGAUAUUGUCUCUUAAAAUAUAUUGAUGCCAAGUGAAUACAAUUUAAAUUGGUUUUCUCUCUAACUACGGUAGCGGCUAAAAAAAAGUCAGCUUUCAUUUUUACAGCAUAGAUAAUGGAUAUGUGAAAAGUCUUGAUAUUUAUUACUCUGUAUGAAGAUUCUUUGUAAAUGUAUUGUUUUCAUGAACACAGAUAUCUGUUCUGUUUUUCUUCCUUGUCUAGAAAAAGAUUGGAUGGGUUCUUCCUCCACAUGUUACAUUUUUGUGGCUAAACUGCACCUAUUUAUUCCAGAAUUUUAUGUUGGCUCUAUUUGUAACGGUGGAAUUUCAAAAAGAGAGUCCUGCGCAUCAUAGAUCUUUUCAGAGAGUAUUUUUCCUUCCUUUUCUAGCAUAAAUCUCAAGCAUUAGGAGGGAACUUUUUAAAGUGCCUCAACAUGGCUGCUAAACCGAGAUGCUGAAAGUAUGUUAUUGCACGCAUGAAUGGCUUUUACCUUACAGAUGUGUCAAUUAGAGAUAUCAGAGUACCCAGUGUGGAUGCACGUCACAUUUCUUUUCAGAAUUCAAGUUUUUUAGCCAGUCAGUAAAAAUUUAAUGUCUUACAGAAAAAGAGGAUGAUUUUGCAAAUUUGUCCCUUCCUUUGUAAAUCUCUAAUUUUUUAUGUGUGCUGUAUCUUUUCUUUCUUCCAACAAUGCAGUUGCUACUUAUCUAUGCACAGCAUUAUCGAAAAGAUGAUCCAGUGGUCCUGUUGGGAGUUCGUGCAUACAAAAAUUUAUGGUAAUAUAUCAUAAAGGCUAUUAAGAAGAAAAGAGGGCUAAAGGGAUGCUUUAUUAUCAAUGUAGUUCAUUAACAAUUUUCUAGUUUAUGACUGAUUAUCAGUAUGGUACUUUUUGGAUAAGUAGCAAUAUUUUUUGGUCCCCAAUGUCUGUUCCGUUACUGGAUCACAUGCAUCUCCUCGCACCUCCGCACUGAGAAGGGAAAAUGCAGGGAUGCACACAGUUAUUCUGGCUACCGCAGGAAGAACUAAGCAGCUCUCUGGACUCAACUGACUACUGAUUAAAUCCCCCUGGCUGGGAACAGGCGCUUAGGCACCUCACUCCCAUAUGGAUGCCUAUAUUCAGACAUUUAAAUCGAAGCAUUUACAUUCCAAACCUGAAUCCCACUCUGUGUGUCCUGAGUGCGGGAACAGCGAGGUCAUUAAAGGACAGGCAAAUUUGGAUUAAGGAAGAAGAAAAACAAAGAAGUCAAGUCAGUCCCAGCCUGCCCUUUUUUUUUGUGAAGCAUCCCUUUUUUUUUUCCUUCAAAGCCCAAGGAGGGUCCCUUUCCUCGCUUUUCUGCCUCUGUGCCCCACGGGCUGCCUCUCUGCACCGCUCGUAGCAACAGGGGCCUUGUUUUUCAUUUUGGAAAUGGAGUAUUAACUUCUCAGGGCAGAGGAGGGAGAGAUCAGAAAUUGUUCCCUUCAGCCUCACCAGUUACUGUAAGUAUCAGUUUCAGCUGUCUAAGCACACCAAUAGCUCUCCAGACUCUUUCUGCUGCCUGACACAAAACAAAACUUAAUGAGGAAAAUCGAAGCGGUCUUUGGGCAGCUUACAUUUGCUUUAAUAGUUUGGCAAUACCUUAAUGCUAUGCCUAACCUUUUAGUCAGUCAUUUCCCAGGAGACACGAUUAGGGUCCUGAAGAGCUGCUAAUGUGCUGUAGCAUCCAUGUUAACAGGAUUUGCUGCAACACUUGGGAUUUAGUUAAAAUUGAAGAUUUUUUUUUCCAGAGCAUGUGUAGCACAGACUGCUGUUCGUGCAGGAGUAUUUCAGGGACUGAGAGCUCACCGUCCCUGGGGCUCAUGGGGCUGGAGGCCCCCAGCAGCACCUUUGCAAGCUACGGCGGCAGACCCAGCAAGCUCACUAUGCCAAUGGUACUGUUGUUCUGAGCAGAAUUUCCUGGCAUGUCAAAAUAAAGCAGUUUUGAAAUACUUUCAAGCUGACUUCUUCUAAGACAUGGGCUUACAGCUUUUUCCUCUCGGGCACCAUGCCCAAACUAAUGUAACGCAAAAGCAAAAUAGAGGCCCUGGUUCAUAUCUCUGUUAUUCCAGAUUUUCAUUGCUCUGACAGCACGGACUUCACUGUAAUUACUCUGGCUUAUGUAAGAUCAGAGCUCAGUGUGUUCCUUUCAAAACCUUUGUGAGCAGCAAUGCUAUAGGAUUUCUGUCCAUCUUCCUGGCAUUAUUUUAUUGCUUAAACAAGGCAAUUUGGCUUUUGCUACUGUGGUGCUGAAACAAAUCUCAUUCUUUUGUAAUGGAGAUGUACUUACUAAUCUCUCCCAUCACAUCCUCAGCGCUGGCUGCCUUUCCCAGUUAUAAUUUGCUGUAGGCUUGGAGCAGACAGAGAAACAUGCUGUAUUGUUAAAACUUGGGGCUCCUGUUCCUGAUAAUUUGAUGUCUGGUCCAAGAACUCACACUAUUGCCUAUAGGGUCGUACGUUACUAAGAAAUGAAAAUUUGUCCUCUCUUCCCCUCUCCUCAGUGCUAACAAUCAAAUACUUUUUCACCGAGGGGGGAGAAAAAAAUAGCCCCAUAGUUUCUCAUGUUUGGUGUUCUUCAUGGCAGUUGUGGAAAUGAUGAGGCUGUAAUAACCCUGCCAGGGCUUCCGCCCAAUAUGUGGUAGAUACUUGCAGUUUGCGAAAAACAGAAAUACGGAGCAAAAGAGCUAGCAGAAGUCAGAUCCAGAGCCAAACUUCCUAGCUUCGGCAUGUCUGUUCAGCAAUACCAAAGAGGCCACAUGACCUUUGAAUGUGGAAAUGUUUUGGAGCCGGUGCCCACUACCAACCAGGGUGGCUUUGUUUCCUACAAGUGCUGAAAGAGGCCCGAGUAUCAAUUGCUCUAAGUGAAUGUGUGUUGACGGGGACCUCUCUUAAGUUGGCUUUCUUGUUAACAUGUGCUUCUUUCUGCGCUGAUGGGUUCUUGUUUCCCACAUGCAGCCUGUCUUAGUACUGAGCACUGAUGUUAUGAAAUAAGUCAUCUCACUGACACUUUUUUCUCCAUUGCUGUUCCCUGAUUUACGUGGAAUUUUUCUUUCUUUGCUCUGGGAUAUGGAAUAUCUGGUUUCCAGACUGAUGCAGGUUGCCCUGUACAAGGCCCUGACAAGAAGAGUCAUUACAAUAAAAUCAUUCUGCUAGAAUAGACUGCUGCAUCCUCCCUACACAUAGCAAAAGCAUACUCAGAAAAGAUACCCAGUUUGCAUUAAAAUACUUCUCUCACUUUGAUUCUUGUAUUAUUUUCUGUGUUGUUAUUUUGUGGAGAGAAAUGGAUUCUAUAGCCUAAAAUGUCCUUGGCUUUCUUCUCAGCCAUCUCACUAGCUCUGUGGUUUGAAAUAAACGUUGGAAAUGAAAAGAAAAAUGUCAGGAGUUCCCAUCAGUUGCCGUAUUUAAGAUGAAAGGGUAAGUUAAUAGACUGUAAAUUAUUUUAUUCUUUAGCAAUUUUCCUUCUGUUUGUGCAAUAAUGUGUGUGAACUCUGCUACUAAGAGAUUGUAUCGUGAGUAACCAUAUCUACUUUUAUUCCUAAUUAAAAGAUAGUUCGUAGACAUAGGGAUUUUCAUUGAUGUAAAGCACAAUUUAAUGAAUUAUUUAAUGUGUUUAACCAUUGUGAUGUCAAAAGCAAUUGUUUUCAUAUAUUUAUUUAUUGGUGGUUUUCUGUAAAAUGAUACUCUUUAUGAAAAAUGUUAAAAAUGAAGAAAUUUUGUUGAAUAUUGUUGGGUCCAUGAAUUACUUAUGAGCAACAAAUAAACAUUGAUUGCAUUUUUGAAACACUAAA